AUGGCUGACUCGCCCAGGGAGGGAAAACUGUCCCGGUCCCCCGACUUCGUCCAGCUGAUCGACAUGGCGUCUGAGUCUGUGGGAGGAAAGAUUUUGUUUGCAACAGAUGACUUUUUUGCUCCUGCAGAAAACCUCCUAAAGAGCGACGGCCCGCGCUUCAAAGAACACGAGUACACGGAGUUCGGCCAGUGGAUGGACGGCUGGGAGACCAGAAGGCGGAGGGCUCCAGGUCACGACUGGUGCAUCGUCAAGCUGGGCAUCCAGGGCAUGAUCCGGGGCUUCGACGUGGACGCUUCGUACUUCACGGGCAGCUACGCCCCUCGGAUCUCAAUUCAAGCAGCAAACUUGGAAGAAGGCAAAGAGCCGGAGAUGCCGGAGCGAGGAGUCCGGGCGGGGGUGGAGGCCACGCCUGAGGAGUGGGAAGCCGUCGCCCAGCUGAAGUCGGACAGCUGGGACUGCCUGGUGCCCAUGACGCAGCUGACGCCGGGAAAGCCUGCUUUCAGCCACAACUACUUUUUGGUAAAUUCCCUGCAGAGAUGGACUCACGUAAGACUCAACCUGUUCCCAGACGGGGGGAUCGCACGCCUCAGGGUGUACGGGAUCGGGCAGAAAGACUGGGCGGCCAUCGACCCCAAGGAGCCGCUGGACCUGGCGGCCAUCGCGUGCGGCGGGGCGUGCAUAGCAUUCAGCAACGCCCACUUCGGGCACCCGAACAGAAUGAUAGGUGUUGGCCAGCCCAAGGCCGUGGGCGACGGCUGGGAGACGGCGAGGCGGUCCGACCGGCCGCCCGUGCUGCAGAGCGGCCAGGACGGCGCCGUCCUCCCUCCCGGGUGCGAGUGGGCCGUGUUCCGACUGGCACAUCCUGGGGUGGUCACGCAGAUCGAAGUCGACACCAGGCCCUUCAAAGGCAGCUCCCCCGCCAGCUGCAGCCUGGACGGCUGCAUCCUGACCACCCAGGAGGAGGAAGACAUGAUCAGGCAGAGGUGGGACCUGCCGGGCCACAGGUGGAAGGCGCUGCUCCCGGUCACGAAGCUGUGCCCCGACCAGAGCCAGGAGUUCAACAGCCUGACCCCCGAGCUGCAGGACGUCGUCACCCACGCCAGGCUCACCAUCUACCCGGACGGGGGCGUCGGCCGCCUGCGUCUGAGGGGCUUCCCCAGCUCCAUCUGCCUCCUGCGGCCCCGGGAGAAGCCCAUGAUGCGCUUCUCCGUGAAGGCCGGCUUCAGGUCCAACCUGUGA